CCCUUCUGCUGUACGACCUGACCUCCUGGUGUACCUUAUCUAUCCUUCCAUUCACCCAUACCCCAAUCAAUCAUCUCACACAGCAUCAUGGCUACCAUCGAGACCAUCAAUGACGGCGUGGCCAUCAACGGAGCUAUCCAAGAUGCCUACCGCAAGAUCCUCACCCCCGAGGCCACUGCUUUCCUUGCUCUCCUCCAUAGAAGCUUCAACGCCACCAGAAAGGCCUUGCUUCAACGCCGAGUGAUCCGCCAGCAGGAACUUGACAGAGGCAUCCUGCCCGACUUCCUACCUGAGACCAAGCACAUCCGGGAAAGCGACUCCUGGAAAGGUGCUCCUCCAGCACCGGGUCUCGUCGACCGACGCAUCGAAAUCACCGGUCCCACUGAUCGUAAAAUGGUCAUCAAUGCCUUGAACAGCAAUGUCUGGACAUAUAUGGCCGACUUUGAAGACGCUACUGCGCCCACCUGGGACAACCAGGUGUCUGGCCAGGUCAACCUGUACGACGCCAUUCGAAGACAAGUCGACUUCAAGCAAGGAGAAAAAGAAUAUAAACUACGCACCGAUCGUGUGUUGCCCACCUUGAUUUGCCGUGCCCGAGGCUGGCAUCUGGAGGAGAAGCAUUUCACCGUCGACGGUGAGCCCAUCUCUGGCUCGCUCUUCGACUUUGGCCUGUACUUUUUCCACAAUGCCUUUGAGCUCGUCAAGCGUGGCUACGGCCCUUACUUUUAUUUGCCCAAGAUGGAAUCACAUCUCGAGGCGAGACUCUGGAACGAUGUCUUCAACCUGGCACAGGACUACAUUGGCAUGUCCCGCGGCACCAUCCGCGGCACUGUGUUGAUCGAGACCAUCACUGCUGCCUUUGAGAUGGAUGAAAUCAUUUAUGAACUCCGGGACCAUUCGUCUGGUCUCAACUGUGGUCGCUGGGAUUACAUCUUCUCCGUGAUCAAGAAAUUCCGACAGAACCCCAACUUUGUCCUCCCAGAUCGAUCCUCUGUCACAAUGACUGUACCAUUCAUGGAUGCGUACGUCCGACUGCUCAUCAAGACCUGCCAUCGUCGUGGUGUGCACGCCAUGGGCGGCAUGGCUGCCCAGAUCCCCAUCAAGGACAACCCAGAAGCCAACGACAAGGCCAUGGACAGUGUCCGACAAGACAAGCUCCGUGAAGUGCGGGCUGGCCAUGACGGUACCUGGGUGGCUCACCCUGCUCUGGCUCCCAUCGCCGCCGAAGUCUUCAACAAACACAUGCCCACUCCCAACCAACUCUUCAAACGCCGGGAGGACGUGCAUGUCACGGCCAACGAUCUCCUCAACAUGAACAUGCCCGGCACUGUCACCGAGGAUGGCAUUCGGAAGAACCUUAACAUUGGCCUGGGCUAUAUGGAAGGUUGGCUCCGUGGCGUAGGCUGUGUGCCCAUCAACUAUCUCAUGGAGGACGCGGCCACUGCCGAGGUGUCACGAUCUCAGCUCUGGCAAUGGGUCAGGCACGGCGUCAAGACCGCCGAGGGCAAGACCGUUGAUAAAGCAUACGCCCUCCGCUUGCUCAAGGAACAAGCUGCUGAGCUGAGCGCCAAGGCAGCCAAGGGCAACAAAUAUCAGCUUGCCGCCAGAUACUUUGAGAACCAAGUGACUGGCGAGGAUUAUGCCGAUUUCUUGACCAGUCUGCUUUACAACGAAAUCACCACCGUUGGUUCAUCACAGCCUAUCGCCAAGUUGUAGAACCCAGAAAUUGUUCCACGGAGAAAAGUCAGGCCGCUCUUCGCUUUGAAGAAGGCAUAAAGAGCACAUGACAUUAUGUACAUCACCAGAUCGUGUGCCUUGGGCAGCCGAUAUCUGGAAACGACAGGGGGUUGCAUGUGUUUGGCAACUUCUUGUUACAUUAUAAGCUUUUGAGUAGCAUGCGAAUAUAAGCACCAAUUUGUUCCAGAGUAACUACCUGUUUCUUGUGUUGUGAGUCGAAGGGGGCAUUGAACUAACGGGGGUGAUAUUGCGAUACUAUCUCUAUUGAUUUUGGUUGAAAUGAUAUUGGUAGAUACCUAAGGUACCUGUCGGUAAUAAUGUUGGGCAGUAGUCAAGGAGGCUGAAGGGGCGCAGGGGCGCCUCGGGCACCU